CUUUUAGAUUCUUACAGAAAUCUGUUACUUCUACAUUUUGAGCACUUAUGAAUAACCACGUAUCUUCAAAACCAUCGACCAUGAAGCUAAAACAGACCAUCAACCCCAUUCUUUUAUAUUUCAUACAUUUUAUAAUAUCACUUUAUACUAUUCUAACAUACAUUCCAUAUUACUUUUUGUCUGAAUCAAGACAAGAAAAAUCAAACCGAAUUAAAGCAAAGCCUGUAAGUUCAAAACCGGAGUCUGCAUUCAGAUCUGUUAACAGUCUGAAUGGCUUGGCCUCAGUGCUGUACCCAGGCUGUGACACACUGGAUAAAGUUUUUAUGUAUGCAAAAAACAAAUUUAAGGAUAAAAAACUCUUGGGAAUGCGUGAAGUUUUAAAUGAGGAAGAUGAAAUACAACCAAAUGGAAAAAUUUUUAAAAAGGUUAUUCUUGGACACUAUAAUUGGCUCUCUUAUGAAGAUGUCUUCGAUAGAGCUUUGAACUUUGGAAAUGGCUUACAGAUGUUGGGUCAGAAACCAAAGACCAACAUCGCCAUCUUCUGUGAAACAAGGGCUGAGUGGAUGAUUGCGGCACAGGCGUGCUUCAUGUAUAACUUUCAGCUCGUUACGUUGUAUGCGACUCUAGGAGGUCCGGCAAUUGUUCAUGGAUUAAAUGAGACAGAGGUGACCAACAUCAUCACUAGUAAAGAACUCUUGCAAACAAAGUUGAAGGAUAUAGUUUCUUUAGCCCCACGCCUGCGGCACAUCAUCACUGUCGACGGCAAGCCUCCAACCUGGUCCGAGUUCCCCAAGGGCGUCAUAGUGCACACCAUGGCCGCAGUGCAGGCCCUGGGAGCCAAGGCGAGCACCGAAAACAAACCUCAGAGUACACCGGCACCAUCAGAUAUCGCAGUAAUCAUGUACACGAGUGGAUCCACGGGACUUCCCAAGGGGGUCAUGAUCUCCCACAGCAACAUCAUCGCUGGCAUCACUGGGAUGGCUGAAAGGAUUCCACGGCUGGGAGAGGAAGAUGUUUACAUUGGAUACUUGCCUCUGGCCCAUGUGUUAGAAUUGAGUGCUGAGCUUGUCUGUCUGUCUCAUGGAUGCCGCAUUGGCUACUCUUCCCCACAGACGUUAGCAGAUCAGUCUUCAAAAAUAAAAAAAGGAAGCAAAGGGGAUACGUCCAUGUUGAAGCCAACGCUGAUGGCAGCGGUUCCGGAAAUCAUGGAUCGAAUCUACAAAAAUGUCAUGAAUAAAGUGAAUGAAAUGAGUAGUUUUCAACGUAAUCUGUUUAUUCUGGCCUAUAAUUAUAAGAUGGAGCAGAUUUCCAAAGGGCGGAGCACUCCCCUGUGCGACAGGUUUAUUUUCCGGAAAGUUCGGAGCUUGCUGGGUGGGAACAUUCGGCUGCUGUUGUGUGGAGGUGCUCCGCUUUCUGCCACCACACAGCGGUUCAUGAACAUCUGCUUCUGCUGUUCUGUUGGCCAGGGCUAUGGGCUCACGGAGUCAGCCGGGGCUGGAACAAUUACAGAAGUGUGGGACUACAAUACCGGCAGAGUGGGAGCACCGUUAGUUUGCUGUGAAAUCAAAUUAAAGAACUGGGAGGAAGGUGGAUACUUUAAUACCGAUAAACCACAUCCCAGGGGUGAAAUUCUUAUUGGUGGCCAGAAUGUGACAAUGGGAUACUACAAAAAUGAAGCAAAAACAAAGGCUGAUUUCUUUGAAGAUGAAAAUGGGCAGAGGUGGCUCUGUACUGGGGACAUCGGGGAGUUCGACCCUGAUGGCUGUUUAAAGAUUAUUGAUCGUAAAAAGGACCUUGUAAAACUCCAGGCAGGAGAAUAUGUUUCUCUUGGGAAAGUAGAGGCAGCUUUGAAGAAUCUUCCACUGAUAGAUAACAUCUGUGCUUAUGCAAACAGUUACCAUUCUUACGUCAUCGGAUUUGUUGUGCCAAAUCAAAAGGAGCUAACGGAACUUGCUCGAAAGAAAGGACUUAAAGGGACGUGGGAGGAGCUGUGUAACAGCUCGGAGAUGGAAAACGAGGUACUCACAGUGCUGUCCGAAGCUGCUCUUUCAGCAAGUCUGGAAAAAUUUGAAAUUCCAGUGAAAAUUCGUUUGAGCCCUGAACCAUGGACCCCGGAAACUGGUCUGGUGACAGAUGCCUUCAAGCUGAAACGCAAGGAGCUUAAAACACAUUACCAGGCGGACAUUGAGCGAAUGUAUGGAAGGAAAUGAUGAUUCUCUUUUGGCAUCAGGUUGCUGCAAGGAGCUCAGAUCAAAUAGGAAAAUACUUGAAAUGCACGUCUCAGACUGUGAGGCAAACUCCAUUCCUCAUACUAAACCUAAACUGUUAUUUCUCAUGACAUCACUAUUUUUAAUGGGCAGGAUGAGUAAAAUACUAAGACAGCAACCCUGUGUCUGUCUCUUCUUUCUCCCUCCUGCAGUUUUCCCCCAGGACUGCACUUGUCAGCAUGUGGAGGCUCCUGAAUCCUAUGGGGACAGUGAUUUUAAAACCUCAAGUUUUUAAAUAUGAUUUAUAUGUUCUGUAUAAUGUUCAGUUUGUAACUUUUUAAAGUUUGGAUGUAUAGAGGGAUAAAUAGGAAAUAUAAGAAUUGGUUAUUCGGGGGACUUUUUUACUUACAGUAUUUAAAAAAUGUAAGGUUCUGGAUGUGAAAUUAUGUAAAUUUCAGAUGCUUAUGAAUCAAAUCAUUGUUGAACAAAAGCUUUGUUGCUGUGUAAUUAUUGUCUUGUAUGCAUUUGAGAGAAAUAAAUAUGCCCAAGCUUAUGUUUUAAGAAA